GCUAAAUAGGGAGGAGGUCUGGGCAAGGUCAUUUCUGCCAGAACACUGGAAACUCCACCAUCUCAAGGGUGCUGUAGCACAUAAAAGUUGCUACACAAGUAUAUUUAAAAUAUAUAUAUAAUAUACAUCAUAUAUACAUAUAUUAAAUACUAUAAAGAGACUAAGAAUGAAGGUUCCUGUAAUUGAGGAUGUAAAAGAUGAAACUGAAGAGGAAAAAGCUGGGGACAAAGAAAAUGAAGACGACAAGGUUUUCUUUAAACCUGUUAUUGAAGACCUUAGUAUGGAAUUAGCCAGAAAAUGCACCGAACUCAUUAGUGAUAUCCAUUAUAAAGAAGAGUAUAAAAAGUCUAAAGACAAGUGUACUUUUGUGACUGACACGCCUAUGCUAAACCAUGUGAAAAAUAUUGGCGCUUUUAUUUCUGAGGCAAAGUACAAAGGAACCACUAAGGCGAAUCUCUCCAAUUCUCUUUAUAAGCAGAUGCCAGCCACAAUUGACAGUGUCUUUGCAAAAGAAGUCACACAGCUUCAGAGUGAGGUUGCCUACAAGCAGAAACAUGAUGCUGCAAAAGGAUUUUCAGAUUAUGCCCAUAUGAAGGAGCCACCCGAGGUCAGGCAUGCCAUGGAGGUCAAUAAACACCAGAGCAAUAUUUCUUACAGAAGAGAUGUACAGGACACCCAUGUGUAUAAUGCAGAGCUUGACAGACCAGACAUCAAGAUGGCAACACAGAUCUCCAAGAUAAUAAGCAAUGCAGAAUACAAGAAAGGACAAGGUGUCAUGAAUAAAGAGCCUGCUGUAAUUGGAAGACCAGAUUUUGAACAUGCUGUGGAAGCUUCAAAACUUUCUAGUCAAAUUAAAUACAAAGAAAAAUUUGGUAAUGAAAUGAAGGAUAAGAAACAUCAUUACAAUCCCCUUGAAAGUGCUUCUUUUAGGCAAAGUCAGCUUGCUACCGUACUGGCGAGUGAUGUGAAGUACAAGAAAGACAUGCAAUAUAUGCAUGAUCCAGUUUCAGACCUCCCUAACUUGUUUUUAGAACAUGCUUUGAAAACCAGCAAAAUGCUCAGCGGACGAGAGUACAAAAAGCAUUUUGAGGAAAGCAAAGGAAUGUAUCAUUUUGACGCGGAUGCUGCCGAGCACCUGCACCAUAAAGACAAUGCCACGCUGCAGAGUCAGGUUAAAUACAAAGAAGAAUAUGAGAAAAAUAAGGGGAAAUCAAUGCUUGAAUUUGUCGAGACACCAUCUUAUCAAACUUCAAAGGAGGCUCAGAAGAUGCAGAGUGAGAAAGUUUACAGAGAGGAUUAUGAAAAUGAGAUUAAAGGAAGGUCAUCACUGGAUUUAGACAAAACUCCGGAAUUUUUACAUGUAAAAUACAUCACCAACCUUCUAAAGGAGAAAGAAUAUAAAAAAGAUUUGGAAAAUGAAAUAAAAGGGAAAGGGAUGGAUCUUAAUUCAGAAGUUCUUGAUAUUCAAAGAGCAAAACGGGCAUCUGAAAUGGCUAGUGAGAAAGACUAUAAAAAAGAUCUGGAGACAGAGAUUAAAGGGAGAGGCAUGCAGGUGAGCGCAGACACUUUAGAGAUCCAGCGAGCUAAGAGAGCCUCCGAAAUGGCCAGCCAGAAAGAAUAUAAGAAAGAUCUAGAAAAUGAAAUCAAAGGGAAAGGAAUGCAAAUGAGUAUGGAUAUCCCAGAUAUGCUUCGAGCCAAGAGAGCGUCUGAAAUCUACAGUGAGAAAAAGUAUAAAGAUGAAGCAGAGAAGAUGCUUUCUAACUAUUCUACUGUGGCAGAUACCCCCGAAAUUCAGAGGAUUAAAACAACUCAACAAAACAUUAGUGCGGUAUUUUAUAAGAAAGAAAUAGGAGCUGGCACAGCAGUAAAAGAUACUCCAGAGAUUAAUCGAGUGAAGAAAAAUCAGCAGAAUAUUAGUUCAGUGAGAUACAAAGAAGAGAUAAAACAGGCAACAGCCAUUUCUGAUCCUCCAGAGCUAAAGCGAGUUAAAGAAAACCAGAAGAACAUCAGCAAUCUCCAGUAUAAAGAGCAGAGGUAUAAGGCGACCCCAGUCAGCACAACACCAGAGAUAGAGAGAGUGAGGCGGAACCAGGAGCAGCUGAGCAUGGUAAAAUACAAAGGAGAGAUGAAACAGGCAACAGCCAUUUCCGAUCCACCAGAGCUAAAGAGAGUUAAAGAAAAUCAGAAGAACAUCAGCAAUGUUUGUUAUAAAAGUCAAUUGGGAAGAGCCACAGCUUUAAGUGUAACUCCUGAAAUGGAGAGAGUAAAGAAGAAUCAAGAAAAUAUUAGUUCGGUAAAAUAUACCCAGGACCAUAAGCAGAUGAAGGGUAGACCAAGUAUGAUUUUAGAUACACCUGGUCUGAGAUGUGUCAAAGAAGCACAAAAUCAUAUUUCAAUGGUAAAAUAUCAUGAAGAUUUUGAAAAGACAAAGGGAAGGGGCUUUACUCCUGUUGUGGAUGACCCAGUGACAGAGCGAGUGCGGAAGAACACCCAGGUUGUCAGUGACGCUGCCUACAAAGGUGUCCAUCCUCAUAUCGUGGAGAUGGACAGGAGACCUGGGAUCAUUGUCGACCUCAAAGUUUGGCGCACAGACCCUGGUUCCAUCUUCGACAUUGAUCCCCUGGAAGACAAUAUUCAGUCCAGAAGUCUCCAUAUGCUCUCUGAAAAGGCGAGUCAAUAUAGGAGACACCGAUCUCGAUCUCAUUCCAGCAGUACUUUUGGUACAGGGCUGGGCGAUGACAAGUCGGAACUAUCCGAGACUUACCCUAGCUUUUCAUGCUGCAGUGAGGUGACAAGACCCUCUGAUGAAGGAGCGCCUGUUCUUCCUGGAGCUUACCAGCAAAGUCACUCCCAAGGCUAUGGUUAUAUGCACCAGACCAGCCUGUCAUCCAUGAGGUCAAUGCAGCAUUCACCAAACCUAAGGACCUACCGAGCCAUGUAUGAUUACAGUGCCCAGGAUGAAGACGAAGUGUCCUUCAGGGACGGUGACUACAUUGUCAACGUGCAGCCCAUCGACGACGGCUGGAUGUAUGGAACGGUGCAAAGAACAGGGAAGACGGGCAUGCUGCCCGCGAAUUACAUUGAGUUUGUUAAUUAAGUCCUCCUCCUUGCCCGUUGAGCUUUAUUCUAAUGUAUACUAAACCCAAUCUUUUUAAGAGAUAGAAGAUACUUUUAAGAUGACUUGGCAGUUAUUUUACAAUAAUCUAUCCUUAUUUGGACAGUUAGACACACAGGUACCAGGAUGAAGGAAUGACUUCUGGGCUGAAAACAGCAGCAUGUUCAGUAAUUCCUAGAAACAAAAUAAUUAGGUCUGGAGACCUGGUGCUGCUAAUUGUGUUAAUGGUUUCCUCUGAUUGGCUAUUGAACCCCUCUGGGAAAUGUAUUUUUGUAGACUUUAAUAGAGAUGUUGAUUGUCCCUUAAAUGUAAUGAGUAUAUGAAACUUCUUAGCUGUCACUUUGGAAUCACCAGAAGCCAAUUCUCUUAAUUCAGUAACACAGCCAAUAAUUUAAAAACCAUUUAGCUUUUGAGUCUUUAGGCAAUUUCCAAUUCAAGUGAAAAUUGCCCAAUAUAAUAAAUGUAAACAGUGGCAGAAUGACACUUUGGUUAAAAUUCUAUUGACUGGUGGCCUUAGACACCUAGAAUCUUCUACUAAACAAAGAAAUUUCUUUGCUCCUUUGGCUUACUUGGAUCUAUUUAUUUCUCACUUGUACCAAGGCAAUCCUACACUCCAUUUACAUUCUGUGGUCCCAAGUCUAUGAGGGUCCACAGAAUGGCAGGACAAAAUAACUACACAGCUACUCUGCAAAGGGCAAAAUUUAAGGUCAUCUAUAUUAUUUCCCUACCAGGCUUUUACCCUGUUGCAUGUCAUGUAGGUUCAAGCUUCUGUAACAUAGGCAGCUGCACUGCCCAUUCCUGUUAUUAAAGCAGAAAGUGUGGCCGAUAUCUAAAAAUCUUUUCCUCUGUGCCAGCUCAUCAGAGAAACAUAUUUUGAAAAGUUGCUUGAGAUUCUCCUGCUGCAUUGCACUCUAGUUUUGGAAGAUUUACACCUUAGCAAAUAGUUGUAUACUCUAGUACAUAAGUGAUUUAGGUGUUUAUUGAACAGCUUUCAUUAACUUAAUGCCAGUAAUGUUAAGAAAAAAAGAAAACUUGAGAGGACCCAGUGGGGAAAGAAAGAACAGAAUAUGAAAUGUGCUGAAGAAGACCAGCAAACAAAACAUUGCCAACUCUGUAAAGAGAGAGGUGAUCAGGUUUCUUACUUUGGAACUUGGAACUCAGAUUCUGGAGUGGAAAUUUACCCACUGAAACUGGUUAAUGAAAAGACUUUCUUUACACUUUUUAAAUUUUUUUUCUAAAUCAUGUUGAGGCAACGAGCUAGGAAUGUCAACAGAGAUUCUCAGUAUAGGUCCCUCAGAUUGUUAAUGAAAAAAACGAAAUGAUCACAUUUGACUUUUAAAUGAGUGACCUUGCAGGCAUUAGCCGGAUUCUCAGCCAUAGCUGUAGCCCUUGCUGGCCAGUCAUGAAUCAUUUUCACCUGGAGUCCUUAGUCAAGCUCUCCUGAGAGAUUAACUAACUUCCAUCAGCAAUUCCAUAUUUUUCUGAUUGUGCCAUUUCUUGGGACUUGCAACAGGGUAGCAUUCUUGUAAGGUCUGACUCUGCAGUAGUGAUGAAAUUGGAAAAAAAAAAAUGUUUACAGAAAUGUAAUAAAAUGGAUGUCUUGUAUAUUCAAGAAAAUUAUAAUAUUCUAUAAGAUAACUUUUAUUGAAAUACUUAUUAGUCCAAAAGCAAAUGUUAAUUCAUUUAGAUCUUUGAAAAGUUAGCACAUACUUUUAAAAAUAUGUAGUUUCAUCUGGCUAAAAUUUUAUCUGGCUAAAAAAUUUAAACAGAUUUUACUACAUACUUCAUUCAUUCUGCAUCUAUAUGAGACGAACAUAAAGUCAAAAGAGAAGAAUUCAGACAAAUAAGUAGAGAAUUUUUUGAAUGGAUUUUACAGAUGACCAAAUAUUCUGUUUGAUAUUCUGUUUGAAUGACCAGUCAUGACUAAAUUGUCUAAACCCCAUAUCUAUUUUGAUGUCUUAUAUACAAACCACAGAAGACUAGCUGAACUUGAAGUGUUCCUGCAAAAAUUUCUGUGCAAUUAAAACUGAGGGCAAUAAGUAUUGCUCAAUUUUAUUAUAUCAUGAAGUAAAUACUUAUAUUUCACCCAGACAGAACAUUUUUUGGUAUUAUAUAAAAAAAAAGAGUAGUUGUUGAUUAAAUUUGCAGACUAAAUGUAGGACAGGUACAAUUUUUGAUAAAUAGCACAUUUAUAGGAAGCUCAAGGGAUAUUGACUUGAAAUGAUUAUAAUCAGGAAAGUUACUAUAAAAUAGAAGCUUGAUGUUUCAUUGUUUUUCUUAUCCACCCAUUUAAAAAUCAGAGUCAUUGAACGUAAAAGUCAGUAAUAAUAUAGGGAAUAAUUCUCCUAAAAUUUUAAGCUUCACACAAUGAUGGCACAGCAAGAUGUUUCUGCUUCCAGCCUUUAGGAAUCAAGAUCUGAGCAGAAUUUAACUAGAGAACAGUUAUUUUACGAUAAAGACUGAGGGAGAACAAGCUGUCAUGUGCUCCUGAGGCUGACUUGGUGGUGUUGUCGUUGUUCCUGGAGUAUCAGGAUAUUAAGCAUCUCAGCAGAAAAACAGAAAGUAAACACACAUGGAUAUGCACCCACACACACAGUAUCAAAAUGCUAUUUUUAUAGCAUCAUUUUGAAAAACUACAUUCUCGGACACCUUUCCCCUUCUGACAUGCGCUCUCCCUACCUUGAAUUUGGCAACAGGUAUCUCAUCCACAAGGUUGACAGCUAAAGAAGAGUUAAAAAAAAACAAAUCUUUUUACAAUCAAAUUAAAGAAGGCUGUGUAAAUGCCCAAGCACAGGAAGCAUGCUCCUAUUUUCUAAAUUUGAGGUGUUCUGGAGCUUGAUAUGAGCACAAAGAACAGUUUGAUACACUUUUAAAGGGUUCCAAAACCAAAUCUGUGUGUGGAUCGUAUCUCUCUUGAGAAAAGUAUAGCAACAGAAUAUAAUGCUUUUGUUGUAAGUUUUUGUAGUAAAUGUUUCUACUAAUUCCUGUUCUCUAGAAGGCUUUCUAUUUCUAACCUGAGGCAAAAAGAAUUCUUUGUCUUCCUGUUAUUGUUUACACAUCAGUAGUGAAACCCAGUUUGAAAUAUUGAUGGGAUGCCCAUGCAGUCUCUGAAUCUUCUCAGGCUUCCCCCACCUUCAAAGACCGUGUAGGAAUUUGCAAGCACAAUUCCCAGGAGCACUUUGUAUGAACGUGGAUCAGCUCAGCCCAGCCCCUCUCCUGCCACUAGGCAGGUCAUUGCUUGAUGAUGAUGAGUUUUGCCCUUUUUCCCAGUCUGUCUUUCCUUCUCCUCUUUGUGUCAGACUGGACAAUCAUCCUGGAGUUGGGAAACAGACUUUUCUAAAACAGAUAGUGGUUGUUCAAGAGAUACAUCUUUUUCGGGUUUGUCCCUCUCCAACGGAAUGUUCUGAAUGAAAGAUAAAGAAAAUGUGUAUGAUUCCUUUCUAACACAUCCCCAUAUAAAGUGGAUAUAGUUUAUACCAAAAUGAUAGUAGAGAUAUUUACAAAAAUAGGUGCCUUUUUGAUUACCCUUGUUUAUCCAUGAUAGCCUUGGAAAGAAAACCAAGCAAACAAGCUUCUGCCUAUUCUAUAGUAAUAUUUUAUUAUACGCAAUUGGUAUUUUUGUGGUGGGGAAGUGAGAUGCUCCUGAUAGAUAUGAAAUAUGAGAGCUGAUUAUAUUUUACCUCUAAAGGUUUAGGACUUCAGAAAAUACUGAUUUCUCCCAUAUAUUUCUGAAAGGUUUUUUGUGGAUUUAUAUAUAGUUGAGAUGCAUAAACAUUAACUUUAGGUUUGGGAUUUGAAAUAACCUGUUGUAAGAUAGAAGUAUUAUGUUAUGAGGCUGAAUUCAUUACGUAAGAUGAAAUUCACUUCAUAAAUCAUUAUACCGUAGCUAUUUGCCUCUGAUAAUCUAGAAGUGACUUGAGUGUGAUUGUUUUGGGUAACUUGAUAUAGGGGUAAGAAAGUUUUAGUUAAGUUAGAAGCUAUGUAAACUAAAUCAAGAAUGUUAAAAUGAAAGUCUCCUUCUGAAGUAUUCCAUGCCCACUAGGGUACAUUCCAGGAAAGUAACUGUCAACUCUUGAUCAGAAAACUCAAAACAUUGUAUGAUGCUUCCACAGCCAUGCAUCCUGUGACCCUUAGACUACUGGAAUCCACACACCUGGAAGGACCCCCGGGGAAAAUUUCCUCCCUGAUUGUCUAUAUUACUUCAGUGUAUUCAUGGGAACUCCAUAAGCUUUUUGUGUUUGUUAAAUGGUAUCCAGUUUGCAUAGUAUUUACUUCCUUGUAGUCCAGUUGCUGUUAAGAAUGACUUACUUUAAAGGAAAAGAGAAAACUGCAUCAGAGUCUCAUUUUUCAGUGUCCAUACAAUGAAUGACUAAGGAUCUAGAAGCAGCGCCAAGUGGGUGACGGCCUUGAUGUGGAACUGUUGGUCUUUGACCUGUGAUAAAAACGCAAAAUUGAAUCAUUGUUCACUUUGGCUUCUAUUUGGUUCAAAAUAUGUAGAAUUCUGGUUCAUGAUUAACUUGCAAGAUUGUGCUAACUUUGAAAGCCUAUGGUUUUGAAGGAGACGCCAUGUUUUUGAGAUAAAGGGGCUUACAGAAUGAUACAAUGUUACUACUAUAAUUUGGCUUUUGUUAUGCAAAUUGUUAACACCAGCUAUUAAAAUCUAUUUUAGUAGAAAUGCUUUAAUUCAUGUUUUUUUUCCUCUACACUGUGAAUUUUUAAGCCUUGGUGGACUAGAGCAACAUCCUGCUGCCCAAAGGACUAACCUAUGCAAACUAGUUCACAAUUUAGUGGAUGUCACAGUAAGUGUGUAAAGAGACAUUACUUCCCCUACACAAUGUGCAGUGGCAUUGAAGUGACAGUAGAGCCUAGCAUUGUGUAUGUGUAGUGUUGUCACUCACAAACCCUUCAAGGCUUCCGUAAUCAUUAGUAUUAGUAUUCCUUGAAAAGCAAAUCACUGAUUUAUUUAUUAAAACUACUUGAACGAUGUCAGAACCGGAAUGACAGAUGGAUGCGCCGGCCUUGGCUCAAUGUGGUCACUGCAAGUGUUUGCCUGUGAUAGAACCGCAUUCUCAGAUGCACUCUCUUCAGGGUAUUAUUAUUCUGUGUCUUCUUUCUGUAUUUGUAAAACAUGAUAACGCUUUAAUUUCUUAUCUCUACACAUUCAGUUUGCUUAAAUAAAUGCAGGAUAUAACAAAAUGGUUCUACUUCUUGGUUGUCACCGUGGUUUCUGGGUGCAUGGGCCAUUGAUAAUACCCCGGGUUUUAGGUUUAUUGUGGCAACUCACGUCAAGUCGCCCCGAAGGUGAGCCCUGACCCCAGAGCACUUAUACCUGUGAGUUGUUUCAACUGUAUCUCCUGCAAGUAAAUUUAGUUUUAAAUGAUAACAAUAUUAGGUAUUUUGAAGCUCAGUAUCUUUCUGAUUUUAUAUCAAAGUACUAUAAUACAUCAUUGUAGUUUACUGCUUCCAAGAUUAGAUUCCUCA